ACACACACACACACACACACACACACACACACACACACACACACACACAUACACACAGACAUAGCGUUUCCUGCCGGGGUGUAUGAGGAGAUCAUAUGUUCCUGCUAUCUGUCACCGCGCUUUGCUAAUGAUCGUUGUGUCCGAGCACUAUUCUUCGUCCACAUUGAUCCACAUUUCCUGUUCAUCAGUGACCUUGAUGUCAAGGACAAGUUAAUCUCAUGCAGUUGUCACGCUUGGUAGGACCUGGGCGAUAUGGACGAAAAAGUAUAUCUCGAUAUAUUUUCACUUAAACUCGAUAUUUGAUAUAUAUCUCGAUACGUGACUGCGUGGGUUCCCUCCGGGUACUCCGGCUUCCUCCCACCUCCAAAUACAUGCACCUGGGGAUAGGUUGAUUGUCAACACUAAAAUUGGCCCUAGUGUGUGAAUGUGAGUGUGAAUGUUGUCUGUCUGUCUGUGUUGGCCCUGCGAUGAGGUGGCGACUCGUCCAGGGUGUACCGCCCGAUUGUAGCUGAGAUAGGCUCCAGCGCCCCCCGCGACCCCGAAGGGAAUAAGCUGUAGGAAAUGGAUGGAUGUUUUCCGGUGAAAGUAUGCAUAUAAAGAUAUUCAUUUUUGAGCGAGAUUCACUGAAAUUGAAGUGAAUGACAACUGUACUCUAAACAGUCAGUGGCACUUUUAUUAACCCAAGAUGGGUAUUAACUAGAGAUGCCGAUAAAUGCUUUAAAAUAUAAUAUCGGAAAUUAUCGGUAUCGGUUUCAAAAAGUAACAUUUAUGACUUUUUAAAACGCCGCUGUGUACACGGACGUAGGGAAAAGUACAGAGCGCCAAUAAACCUUAAAGGCACUGCCUUUGCGUGCCGGCCCAGUCACAUAGUAUCUACGGCUUUUCACACACACAAGUGAAUGCAAAUCAUACUUGGUCAACAGCCAUACAGGUCACACUGAGGGUGGUCGUAUAAACAACUUUACAAAUAUGCGCCACACUGUGAACCCACACCAAAUAAGAAUGACAAACACAUUUCGGGAGAACAUCCGCACCGUAACACAGCAUAAACACAACAGAACAAAUACCCAGAACCCCUUGCAGAACUAACUCUUCCGGGACGCUACAAUAUACACCCCCCCCCCCCCCCCCUACCUCAACCCCGCCCCCCCAACCCCGCCCACCUCAACCUCCUCAUGCUCUCUCAGGGAGAGCAUGUCGCAAAUUCCAAGCUGCUGUUUUGAGGCAUGUUAAAAAAAAUAAUGCACUUUGUGACUUCAAUAAUAAAUAUGGCAGUGCCAUGUUGGCAUUUUUUUCCAUAACUUGAGUUGAUUUAUUUUGGAAAACCUUGUUACAUUGUUUAAUGCAUCCAGCGGGGCGUCACAACAAAAUUAGGCAUACUAAUGUGUUAAUUCCACGACUAUAUAUCGGUAUCGGUUGAUAUCAGAAUCGGUAAUUAAGAGUUAGACAAUAUCGGAAUAUCGGAUAACGGCAAAAAAGCCAUUAUCGGACAUCUCUAGUAUUAACAGCACAGAAAAUAAACUGUUUAAGUAGUACAGAAUUACAUAACAUAAAUAAAAUAGAAAAUGUUUAUUUCUACGUAAAAUAAAUAACAUAUCUGUACAAUUAAUACAAAAUGUAUCAAACUCAGAUAAAAAAAUAGAUUUGCAGGCAGGCACUUUUUAAUUCCCAGUUGUUGAUGUAAUGGACUGUCACACAUGUAUGGUUCUGGUCAGCGCCAAGUAAGUGACUUUACUUAAUUGUGCGGCUAUGAUCUUCCUCACUUCGGCAUACAUUUUUGGCAGCAUUUCUCGUGCGAAAUUGGCCCGGCUUGGCAACUCGAGAACAGUUUUGGUUUGGGCUUACAUGGUAAACAACUGAAAUGAAUGUUUUAUCCAGACGCAUACAUUUGUCCAAAUGUGGCCAAGUGGAUGCAUUGUGGGUUUCCUGGAUGUUGUCUACAUCGCUAAAAGAAAAAUCUAAAGAAGAGAAUCCCUCUUCCAUCUUACACUAAUUUUUUUAAUAUAUAAAUCGCCCGCUUGAAUAUUCCCUCUUCUCUUCUCCAACACUCUCGUCAUCAUUUGGGAUGCGCGUGUCUGUUGUGAUUUCCCUUCCUGGUUCGAUGACUCGCCCUAUCUUGUCUCUGAUUAGCCUGUCCCUAAUGAUUUGCCCUAAUCUUAACCAGUCAACCAAUCAUGAACGUUCCCAUACGUGCAAGCACGUCUUGGAAGGAGGAAGGGGAGGGGUUUAGUAGCUCAUGGAGUUUUGAGAGGGAGUGUUAAGCGGGGGACAACAAGGAACACAACAAAUAAGCGGUGUUUGGUCAUUUUAACGUGAAAUAAAUUAUAUCGAUAUUACGAUAUUCUCUUAAUUCAUAUCUUGUUUAAAAAUGUAUCGAUAUAUCUUACAAACUCGACAUAUCGCCCAGCCCUAGCGCUUGGUAGUCCUUUUUUUAUUUGCAUCGCCAGCACAUCACGUGAAACAAAGCCUGCCGGCUAUUGAGACAUAAGCGUGCACACAUGCUGCAACGCAACCAAAUUGUUGCCCUCUCAAGCAGCAGCUGUGUAGCAUCUCUAGUUGAUUAUUAAAAAUGCAAUACAGUGCGAUGCGUUUCAAGCAGCUGUGUCAUGCCACUUGCUCAAAAUGAUAUUUGUUUCAACCAAAAUAUUUAAAAACACCACCAACGCCUAUACCGGGGGUCUGCAACCUGCGGCUCUAGAGCUGCAUGUGGCUCUUUAGCGCUGCCCUAGUGGCUCCCUGGAGCUUUUUCAAUAAUGUAUGAAAAUAGAAAAAGAUGGGGGAAAAAUAUAUAUUUUUGUUUUAAUAGGGUUUCUGUAGGAGGACAACAUGACACAAACCUCCCUAAUUGUUAGUAAUCCCACUGUUUAUAUUAAACAUGAUUCUCUGAUGAGAGUUUUUGGCGAGCACCGUUUUGUCCUACUAAUUUCGGCGGUCCUUGAACUCACCGUAGUUUGUUUACAUGUAUAACUUUCUUCAACGAUGCCAGAGAAUGACAUAUUUUAUGCCACUCAUUCUUUGUCUCAUUAUGUCCACCGAUCUUUUUAUGCUGUGUGUGAAUGUACAAAGGUGAACUUAGUUGAUGUUAUUGACUUGUGUGGAGUGCUUAUCAAGCAUAUUUGGUCAGUGCAUGACUGCAAGCUAAUCGAUGCGAACAUGCUAUUUGGGCUAGCUUUAUGUACGUAUUGCAUCGUUAUGCCUCACUUGUAGGUAUAUUUGAGCUCAUUAAAUUUCCUCUGUGUAUUUAAUUUAUAUCUGUAUUUCUCAUGACAUUAUCUGUAUGUAAUAUUGUCUGCAGUUCUGAUAGUGGUUUGUGUGCUGUUAUAGACCACAGCAAACGUAACCCAGCUUGCAUAGAUUGUUAUAAAUCCAUUCGAAGAAGACAGCCCGCCAUUUCCUUUAACUUGGACACACACACAUCUACACAUUUGGCCAUUCUAAGCCAGUAAUUUAGAGGAGUUAUCUCACCCCCUGAGAAGCCUGCGUUUUACUAAUGUUUUCCAAUGUUGUAAAAAUGGGUAGAAUAAAUAUUACAUUUCAACAUUUCUGUCAACAAAGAUUUGUUGUCAGCUUGCGACACAGUCAUUUUGAUAGGAGGCUAAUAUAACUAAUAUAGACACUUAUAUCAUGUGUCGACUUCAUUUUAUCACUUAUAGAAGGUUUUUAAUUUUUUGCGGCUCCAGACAGAUUUUCUUUUUGUAUUUUUGGUCCAAUAUGGCUCUUUCAACAUUUUGGGUUGCGGACCCCUGGCCUAUACCAUAUGUUAGUGUUAGUGGUUUAAAAAAACUAAUUGAACAAAAAAAAUACAAACUAAUUAUUGAAACUGUCGUGAGGGACAGAUAAAAUGGCUGGAGCAAGCACCCAUACACAAAAGCAGCCUCAGAGAAGCAACUGACAAUUCACUGUCAUUAUGUUGUUAUGCUGGGUAAGGCUGAAACGACGCGUCGACGUAGUCGACGUCAUCGGUUACGUAAAUACGUCGACGUCAUUUUUGUGCGUCGGCGCGUCGCAUAUUUACGUCACACCACUGUCAUGGCGGAGCGCAGAGCAAACGAUGCGAGCGAGGGGAAAAAAACACGCCAAAAGUCGUCAAAAGUGUGGGAGUAUUUUAAUAAACGGCCUAAUAAUGUUGUUUUAUGCACACUGUGUCGAGCGGAAAUGGCGUAUCACAGCAGCACAACGGCUAUGAACGAGCAUCUAAAAAGAAAACAUCCGACAGCGUUCUUCCCAUCACCAUCAACGAGUCAAUCAUCCGCCAAACGACAAAGCAGUGUCCAGGAUUUUUUUCCAAAGAGGCAUGGGACUGAAUGCACACCCCAAGUGGCCGCUGACCUGACUGAUGGUGUCCUGGAAAUGAUGGUCAUAGACAUGAGGCCAUUAAAUAUGGUAGAAGGGGAAGGGUUUCAAAAAAUGAUCAAACGGUUUCACUCUGGCUACACACUACCAUCAAGAACCCACUUCACUAAGCUUAUGGAGCAAAAAUACACAAAGAAAAUGAAUGAAGUCAAAGCAAUCCUGAAAAAUGUGAAAGGAAAACUGACACUCACAACUGAUGCAUGGACAAGUAUGGCCACUGAAGCUUACCUUGGUGUCACCAUUCACUUUGUUAAUGAUGAGUGGGAGCUUACCUCAAUUAACUUGACAACAAUGCCCCUCAAUGAAAAGCACACUGCAGAAAACAUUGCCUCUUGGAUUGAGGAUGUUGUCAAUAAGUUUGAAAUAAACAUAAACCUAGUACAAGUCAUUGUACAUGACAAUGCUGCAAAUGUUGUUGCAGCUUUAAGAGUUCUUGAGGAAAGACAUGGUGUUUCAUCCCUCAGAUGUGUUGGCCAUACUCUACAGCUUGUAGUUAACCAUGCUCUAAAGGACAACCACAUCAGCAGAGCUUUAGGAGCAGCAAGAAGUUUGGUCGAGCACUUCAGAAAAAGUGAGCUAUCCAGUACAAAACUAAAGGUUAAGCAAAAACAAAUGGGUUCUCCAGACCACAGCCUCAUACAAGAUGUGUCUGUGAGAUGGAACAGUUCCUUUUACAUGAUUAGUCGCCUGCUUGAGCAGAGGUGGCCAAUAACAGCAACUCUGUCAGAUCCGGAGGUCACUCAAAGAGGGAAGCAUUUUCUGGAUCUUAAGGCUGACCAGUGGAGCUUGCUUGAAGAACUUGAACAAGUUCUGAAACCUUUUGAAUGUGCAACUGUGUACCUGAGUGGAGAAUCUUAUGUAACAGUUUCCGCUGUCCCUCUGCUGGUCAAAGGGCUUCGGAAGGCUACACAAACUGCUUUUGAAAAUGCAUCAAUCAAGUGUUUCCAGGUCACUGCUGCACGUGAGAUAACAUCCAGGUGGGAAGCCGAGACCACAUUCAAAGAUGAUGGACCAAAUGUGUGCAUAUUAGCAGCUGCACUUGACCCACGAUUCAGGAAGCUGAAAUUCCUGACUGCAGAUGAGUGUUUAAAAGUUCAAUACAAGCUGCAUGCAAUAGUUCUGGAGGAGAAAAGAAGGGAAAAGGAGACACACGCUCAAUGCAAGUGGAAAGACCAGAUGCUGACAGGCGGCCUGUAUCUUUACUAGACACACUUCUUGGCUCAGAUUCAGAUGAACUCAGCAACAAUGAGGAAGACAACAAUGACAGUAAUGAUGCUGAAAUGGUCAGAAACGAGUUAGUGUCUUAUUUUGGAGAAUCCCCCAUUUCCAAGGAUGAAAACCCAUUAAAAUGGUGGAAAGAACAUCAGGCAAGGUUUCCAAAUCUGGCAAUGCUGGCUCGGUCUUACCUCUCAGUUCCAGCCACAUCGACCCCUUCUGAGCGCCUAUUUUCAGCUGCUGGGAAUAUUGUAAACAAGAAAAGAACCAGCCUCACCCCAGAGCAUGUAGACAUGCUAACCUUUCUUCAUUACAACUGUUAGUCACUCACUGGAAUGAGUAGAAUUGGUUAUAGUGUACUGUGUUGGACUGGAUGUUUAUUUUGCACAUUUUAAAAGCAAUACUUAAUGUUUACAGUGCUCCAGAAUAUUUAGAUUGGCACAAAUGUUUACAGUGUUACAGAAUGUUUUGCCAUGUUUUCAAUGUUGACUGAGUGGCCAUACUUUUUUUUUUUGGAAAUAAAAGCCAUGCCUUUUGA